GUUUUUCAGUUCAUCUUCUCCAUCCCUAUCUUCAUCAUUGGAAUAGUGCUUAAUGCCCUCGCCUUGUGGGCAUUCUGCUGGAAAUUGAGGAAAUGGACUGAAACUAUCGUUUACAUGGCAAAUUUAGCUGUUUCGGACUUGGUACUGCUUUUUUCUUUGCCUUUCAAAAUAGUCAGCUACAGGCACAGAUGGUUCAACGAGUCUCUAUGUUCGUUUGUCGAGUCCUUGUACUUUGUGAAUAUGUACGUGAGCAUAUUUAUCAUUACUUGUAUAAGUAUAGAUCGAUACAUUGCAAUAAGACACCCUUUCAGUGCAAAUGUAUUGAGAUCGCCAAUGAAAGCAGGAAUGUUAUCAGCUGCAGUCUGGAUUAUCGUUUGUUUGUGGAGCAUCCCUGUCUAUGUUAAAUAUCAUGCUCAGCCAAGCAAUGAAACAAGCUCAAAUUGCUUCCGACAAGUGUCGUUUGACACAGAUAUUUCUAUCACGAUAUCUCUGGAAAUAGUGGGGUUCAUUAUCCCACUGAUCACUAUGACUUUUUGCUCAGUUCAAAUCAUCCAAACUCUUAAACAGAGCAACUUAAAUGCCAGAGAAUUUGACACAACAAGAACAAUACGAAUCAUCACCGCAAACGUCACUACCUUUAUCAUUUGCUUUACACCCGUACACAUUGGAUAUUUUCUUCAGUGGAUUCCAGCCAUUAGGGAAGACUGCAAUAAUUGCAACAACUUACGAUUGUUCAUGGACAUAGCGCCAUGUAUAGCCAAUAUAAAUUGCUGCCUCGACGCAUUUGGAUAUUAUUUUGUUUCUGCUGAAGUUCGUCAACUUUGUAAGUUUAAAAUAACACAGCGAAGAGACUCUGAGAGUAACAAGUAACCAUGUUACAAAUAUUGUGGUGAUGGGACCAUUCUAAUGACUGGGGAGUGGUGAGCAGAAGAAAAUGAAGGGAAGUCACCAUAGCACUUAAGAUAGUCAUCUAAAACAUGUUUAAAUAAAUGAAAAUGUAAAGUGAG